AUGGAUGCUUCGUCCUCCUCCAGUCAACCCGAAUUCGACUACUUGUUCAAGCUUCUCUUGAUUGGGGAUUCUGGCGUUGGCAAAAGCACCCUGCUUUUGAGCUUCACCUCCGAUACUUUCGAGGAUCUUUCUCCCACCAUUGGUGUAGACUUCAAAGUUAAAUAUGUUACAAUUGGAGGAAAAAAGUUAAAACUUGCUAUUUGGGACACAGCUGGACAGGAAAGGUUUAGAACACUUACUAGUUCAUAUUAUAGAGGUGCUCAAGGAAUAAUUAUGGUAUAUGAUGUUACACGGCGAGAAACUUUUACAAAUCUAUCUGAUAUAUGGGCUAAAGAAAUUGACCUUUACUCAACAAAUCAAGAUUGCAUCAAGAUGCUUGUAGGAAACAAGGUUGAUAAGGAAAGUGAAAGAGUUGUCACCAAAAAGGAAGGGGUAAACUUUGCAAGGGAAUAUGGAUGUCUGUUUACUGAAUGCAGUGCAAAAACCAGAGUCAAUGUUGCACAGUGUUUUGAUGAACUUGUAAUGAAGAUUCUGGAGACACCAAGUCUUUUGGCUGAGGGCUCAUCUGGUGUAAAAAAGAACAUCUUCAAGCAGAAAGCACCACAGUCUGAUGCAUCAAGUGGUGGCUGCUGCUCAUGA